AUGGCCAGUCAGCUGCCAGAAGACGCCGCAGAGUCACAGGUCUCAGACGAGCUCGAGUGCAAGAUCUGCUAUAACCGGUACAACCUGAAACAGAGGAAACCCAAAGUGCUGGAGUGCUGCCACAGGGUUUGUGCCAAAUGCCUCUACAAGAUCAUCGACUUUGGGGACUCCUCACACGGGGUCAUUGUGUGUCCCUUCUGUAGGUUUGAGACUUGCCUUCCAGAUGAUGAAGUCAGCAGCCUACCCGACGACAACAACAUCCUCGUGAACUUGACUUGUGGAGGCAAAGGGAAGAAAUGCCUGCCAGAGAACCCCACCGAGCUGCUGCUGACACCCAAGAGACUGGCCUCCCUCGUGAGUCCUUCACACACAUCCUCCAACUGCCUCGUCAUAACCAUCAUGGAGGUGCAGCGGGAGAGCUCCCCGUCCCUUAGCUCCACACCUGUGGUGGAGUUUUACAGGCCUGCCAGCUUCGACUCCAUUACCACCGUGUCACACAACUGGACUGUGUGGAACUGCACGUCCCUGCUCUUCCAGACGUCGAUCCGGGUGUUGGUUUGGUUGCUAGGUUUGCUCUACUUCAGCUCCUUACCCUUGGGGAUCUACUUACUCGUCUCUAAGAAAGUCACCCUUGGGGUUGUCUUUGUCAGCCUCGUCCCCUCGAGCCUUGUUAUCCUUAUGGUGUAUGGCUUUUGCCAGUGCGUCUGUCAUGAAUUUCUAGACUGUAUGUCACUUCCCACUUAAUAGGUUGGCAAUGUAAGAAAUUCAAUACACAUUGUCAUGCUAGCAGUUAGGUAAUUUAUAACCUAUUUUCUUUGAUAUCCUUUCAUGAUUAGCGUCCA